CGAUUUUCAAAUCGAUGCGCGAUGAUGUUGAGCGUGGAGGAUGCGUUGUACCUCUCGGCACCGACGACUCCCAUCAAGUUGGACCAGUUGGAGGACGCCGUGAAGCGGCGCUUCCAGCUUCUACUUGGUGCUAGCCAAGGAUCGUUGGAUUGUUCCACAAUCGAGCGGAUGGAACCACUCACGGACAUCCAUGCGCAUUUCGGACUGCGCGUGAUAUUUGCAGCCCCACCCGAGGAUAGUCCAAGCGAGAGCGGAUCUCGUGAACAUGCUGAUAUGUGUGCCUGGUACAUUAACCAAGAGACUCAGCUCUUCCGCCUUCGGAUGUUGCACAGCUUCAAGCGCAAAAGUACCGUUGCGACAUCGCGUGCCAUUCGCUCUGUUCUUGGCGCCCUGAACGUGUCCUACGACGACGUCGACGGGUACCUUCUGGUCCCUUUUCAGGACGUCCCGUUCCUAUUACGCGUUCGAUCCGUUGUCCUCCACGCAGGUCUCUGCCGCAUCCCGUUCCAGUCCCGCGAAGCCACUGAUGUGCUCGCUCACCACGCGCGGCGCCACUUCGCGGCCUUGUUCCACAUCCAAACGCGCGCUUGCCGCGUGAAUGUGCAAAAUCAAGAUCUGGAACGUCUGUGGCCCCUGCGGUCGCACGUGUUGGCCGUCCUUCGAGACGCCCUCCGUCCGGCCGUCGACCCUCGACACCUUCAAUUCUCGCACCUCCCCCGCGUGACGUCCGACGCCGACUUGCGCGCCGCCGCGCCGUUCCUGCCGCUGUGCAUGCGCUACUUGGCCGACAAACUCCGCGAGAACCACCACCUCAAGUAUGACGGGCGGAAGCAGCUGGGGCUGUUUCUCAAAGGCGUGGGGUUCACCGUGGAGGAGAGCCUCGUGUUUUGGCGCCAAGCGUUCGACCCGGUCACGAGUGUCCAGAUAUUUGACAAGAAAUACGCCUACAACAUCCGGCACAGCUACGGCCUCGAGGGCAGUCGGGUACAGUACGACCCAAAGACCUGCGACGACGUUCAAAAGCUUCCGCCGCCGGCUGCCGGCCAGUUCCACGGGUGCCCAUUUCGGCACUGGGACGUCUCGUUCCUCCACUCCCAACUGUCCAAGUAUGGCGUGCCUCAUGUGGCUCAGAUAGCGGACGCGGCAUCGCCCACGGCCGCCUGCUUGGCGCAUUUGCACGUGUUGUUUCCGCAUUCCUACAAACUGAUGAAUACAAGGAGUAGCAGUAGUACUAGUAGUAGUAGCACCACAACCAUGUUGACGCCCAACGUGUGGUUUGACGUUGCCCGGUUGAGUGACGCUAGUACUACUACUACUGUGGCUAUUACUAGUAGUAGUAGUAGUGUUGGCACCACAACGGCAUCGCAGGUAGCCGUCGUUCAAGUCGACCAGUGACAACGUUUCUAUAUUUAAAACACAUGUCGAGUGCUAAUCGUGCGAUCGAUGGUCUCUAUUGCGUCCCUCACAACCCCCGGCGGCACGUCCAUGUACUUGGCCAGCAUGUCCACGACGUACUCUAGCGGCGCAUGCCACGCGCCCAGGCCAGACGUGCGCAGCUGUUGCUGGUAAAUCGGAUAAAAGCAGCACUGGUCAUCUCCUUCUUCGCCCCCUACUUCUCCAGCCACGUCAUCACACGGCCAUCGCCCCGUGGUCGGAUCCGGCACAGGUACCCCGCGGUCAUAAUGCGGUGCAAACGCCGCCACCGGAUUCAGCGCCGCCGUCGCCGACAUGUCCGACGUAUCGCGGCCGAGACGGUCCAGGGCCUGCACGUGGGCCUCGAGCGCCCGCGGCAGCUUCACGGGGGCCUUCUUAGCGUCGAGACUUUGGCGGCAGAGGUCGACCAGGGCGGGCAAGUGGCUGCGCAGGACGGGGGUCCCAUCGUCGGGGAAGCACGAGACUACCAUUGACGACGGCGGCUCGUGGAGGUCGUUGGGUCGGAGCGGGUUGAGAGGGGUCCUCCUGUCGUCGACUUGUGGGGCGUUGUACUGAGGACGGACGUUAUUGUACUGCCAUACGUUCCACCGAGGAGUCAUCUUGAGCGCGGCGACUAGCGCGCCGAUGAAAUCGACUUCGCACUGGAUGUACGGAUGGUGCAGAUGCUGCGGGUCCAUGACUUGGGCAGUCGAGUGCCGAUAGUACUCGGCCAUGAGCUGCGUGUGAUGGACCCACACUGCAGGUGGAAACUGAAACGACCGGCACAGGUUGACACAGGCGAGGCCGCUGUUGAACGGCGGCAGCUUCAAGUCGAGGUGGUAGUGGAGGUACGUGGCGUGCUGGGCAACCACGGACGCACACACAGUGUUGGGUUUGGUUUUCGCGUUGAAGUACCCGCGCACGGGGUCGACACUGGCUUGGAGGUCCGGCGGCAGCUGCGCGAGCACGUUGGCAAAUGGAAGCUGCCCGGUCGAUACCCAAAAGAAGAUGUCACUUGUGAGCACACCCAGUUGCCGCACGCGGCAGGCCAAGUAGAGCAGUCCCAGGAGGUGGCGAUAGCUGAACUUGGAGAACACUUUGGCGUCCUGUGUGCCUUUGAGAUGCAAGUUCCAGUCGGUCUCGUACCCGCUGUCUUCGAGGCGCUGUCUAUGAAGGGUUCGCUUUGAAGGAUGGAUCGUUAUUUCGUUCGUUCGCUCGUUAUUCGUACCUGUCUGCGGCUUGGGCACUGCUAAAGUCAAGAAACACAUUCAGCAGCGGCCGCGACCCCGACACGUCCCACAUGCGCAGAAAGUGGAACCACAAUGACUGCACCGUGGCCGGCAACUCGGGGUCGUGGACAAGUCUUGCCAACGCUUGCGCUUGAAUAUGCAGCAUGCUUUGAACCACAUGGAGACAGUUGUCAAGCGUGAUGAGCUGUCGCUUUCGCUUGAGCUUGGCCUGCUUGGGCUCACGUCGACCACCGCUGCGGAUGCGUUUCGUGCGGGCGCCAAAGGUGAACGCAUCGUCGUCGUCCUGUGUCUCAUUGCGGCUUUGUUGGAAGCUCUGCGUCCCACACAGAUUGCACACACUCUCGCCCAAGUCGUUUUUCGAAAAGUUCCAUUCGCCCGCGGCGCCGCAGGUCCGGCACUUCAGUGUCGAG